AGAAGAAGAAGAAGAAGUGCUACUAGGCGUGCUCAGAGUACGCUACAAACUACAGCUUGUUCAGUAAGAAUGCUUUUCUAAAAGUCAAAUUACUACUGUCAAUAAUGCGACCAGAUUUGUUGAAAAGACAACAGUGUUAAGAGGUUUUUUUUAUUUUGUGCCGGGAUAAUUUGCGAUGGCUACUACUGAGAUGGAAUCUGGGUCUUCAGAAAGCAGAUCAGAACACGGGACGGCCGACCCUGAUUCGAAAUACCCACUGAAAGUUCUCUAUUGUGGAGUCUGCUCUCUGCCCACAGAGUACUGUGAGUACAUGCCCGAGCCGGCCAAAUGUAGGCAGUGGCUCGAGAAGAACUUCCCGGACGUGUUUGCGAGGAUGACUGUAGGUCCGACAGCGAAGGCCCCCAAACAGGACCCGGGCCCUGGAGAUGCUCCCCCUGCUGGUGAGGAGGAGGAGAAGAAGAAACAGAAGAGAGGAGGACGAGGGCAGAUCAAACAGAAAAAGAAGACGGUGCCUCAGAAAGUCACAAUAGCAAAAAUCCCCAGAGCCAAGAAGAAAUACGUCACACGGGUGUGCGGCCUGGCGACGUUUGACAUUGAACUCAAAGAGGCUCAGCGGUUCUUCGCCCAGAAGUUCUCUUGUGGUGCCUCCGUCACAGCAGAGGAUGAAAUUAUCAUUCAGGGAGAUUUUACAGACGACAUAAUCGACGUCAUUCAAGAGAAGUGGCCUGAGGUGGACGACGACAGCAUCGAUGAUCUGGGAGAAGUGAAGAAGUGAAGACCAAAUAUGCACUUUUACUGAAAUGGAUGUGACCUGUAACAGCGACACCUUGGCCAAAUGUACACAUUAAGUCAUUUUAUACCUAUUUUAUUUACUGUACAUAAAAAAGCUGCGGACUCUGCCACUCACUUGGCUUUUUUUUUCUUUCUUUCUUUCUUUCUUUCUGUUUUAUUAUUUUUAUUUAGCCGAUAGCUGCUUUCUCUCCUUUUGCCAAAGGGCGUGGUAUGACGUGAAUCCUUUUCUUUUUUCCCCCCCAAAAUGUUCUUCACUCAACAAACAAACAAACAAACAAACAAACUGUAGGCUAAUAAAUUCCCGUCUCCUUCGCCGGUUCACUCGUC